AUGUUUGCGGUGCUGUUGAUCUGCUAUGAUGAUGUCGAUAUGAAGGAUCUUGAUUGGAGGUAAUACAACGAAAUACUUUUUGUUCUUUGAGAGUUUGAUUUUGAUUCUGAGUUGAUUUAAGACUUUCUUUAAGAGUUGUCUUAGUUUCUUUUUGUAAGAUCUCGAUCGGAGCAGGACCUGAGGUGGUAAUAUUUUAUCUCUCUGAGGACAAGGACAACUUACAUGUUGUUUAAUGUAAUCACAAACGUGAUAGAUUCUUGUAAGGCAGAACGGACGUACUUACAAAAUACCUAUCGUAAAUUACCGUUAAAUCAAAGGUAUUCAUGAAUUAAUCUUGGAAAACGCGACGCUGAUUGUCUUAAUGAAAACUUCUCAAACAUUAUUCUCACAGGUGGUUAAUCGUAAUGGGUUCGAUCCCUAGCAUGAUGUUCGGAAUUUACGGAAUGUUCGUACUCCACGAGUCUCCGGCUUGGUUGUACUCGCAAGAGAAGAUCCAGGAGGCUAUAGAAGUUCUGGAGUGGGUUCGUGGUGAAAAUUUCCGGUCACGAGCGACAAAGUGCGGAUGCUUCUUCGGCCGGGGGGAAGGUGUGGCUCUUAUAGAGGAGAAGUUUGGCUUUUACCCAGACGACUUUGCGCCACAAGACGUGAAAACACCAGAAGAUUAAGGCCACUUAGAUCGAUCAGGAUAAAACAUAGAUUGAUGAUUGAAGGACAAAUGCCUUACAAACCUUUGAAACCACUACGUAGCUUACCACACUUUUUUGCUCGGUCUAAGUCUUCUGCCACCUUUGAAACAUCUACAUCACCUCUCGUUGCGCACACUCAUAUUUACACUCCUUCAUUCAUUCACUCAGUCUCAGUGUUUGACGGCUCCUCCGUAAGCACAAGACCAACUAGUACAACUAGGUGUAAGAUUUUUUGUCUAGCGACUUGACGUAGAAAGAGGACGUCUAUUACGGCUUGUCUUGCUUCUUCUAAUGCAAACUAGAUCCAAGAUCUGUGUGGCGGCAACCCAUACGUCUGCGACCACCGUCCCCGAGCCGAAAAGUAGCGAUGGACGUCGUAGGCCAGGUUACAUCAGUAAGAGGACGAACGGCAUCCAAGGAUCAGCAGCCCGACACAGGUGUAAUCGGCACAGGACCGAAUGCAGCAACUUCUAUAGACUUAUGCAGCUUGGUAUGA